AUGGGAGGGUGUGUGAGCGGUCCCAAGAAGGACGGAGUUGAGGUAACAGUUGAGACUCCCGCCACACCAAAGAAUGCUGAGGCCGAGACACUUGUUGCUCCUCAGGAGAAGAACCAACAGGAAGAGGUUUCAGUUGAGGAGGAGAAAAUGAAGGAAGGUGAAAAGGAGGAAGAGAAAGUAGAACAACCAAAAGAAGCAGAAAAAACUCUCCUCUCCCUCUGA